AUGCCACUUCCACUUCGACUUCAACUACAACUACCACAACUCGCUCAAACCACGCGAACAAACCUCAAAAUCACCAUCUACUUUAUCUUACCAAUCACCCUAUCAAUCUAUCUAAUACCAACAUUGUUAUCACCAGAGAUAUUCACCUACUGGCAAACAAACUUCCGAGUCAUCUUACUAUCAAAACAGUUUUGUCAAGUUAAACCGCAACAAUGUCAAGUGCUACUCGAUGCCAAUUUUGGUGACCCAAACCUCCUUUAUCGACAAGGGUUCCAUCAUUAUGAUUUGAUAUAUGUUGUCAACAAGUACAUUUGGCAAUGGGAUAGUUUUGUGACGAAGUUGAUUCUUUCCCCACCAAUGAAAAAGUUGAUUGUAGGAUUGGCUUUCAUACGUCAUGGUCGCAAUGCUGUUGCUGUUGAUGACGACGCGUAUUGGGAAAUGAUGCAAGAAACAAUCCACAUCAUUCUUGCCAUAUUCAACACAUCAUUAUUCCAUAUCGUAAUGGGAAUGGUGGUUUCUCGAAUGUGGAUGUUUUUCAUUGUUGGCGUCGUAUUGACAAUCUUGGAACCAUGGGAGAAAUUGGCUGGUCCAAUUUGGACUUUAUUACAAUCGGCAAAUAACGUAUUUUAA